AUGGACUUUCCCGGAGAUGCCACCACCAACUUCAUCGCCAUUAAUGGAUUCUCUGUUAUACAUUGGAGAAUAUACACCGAGGAGGCUACUACUAACAACCCUUCCUCGGAAAUUGCUCCGAGCAGCGGGUACAACAUUCUCCGGCACCUAAGCAGACUCAAAGAUCUGGAGAUCCAACUACGAAACCUUGACUGUUUAGUUUCAUGUUAUCCUCGAAGGUUAGGUCUGUGGGUCUUUUCGCCAACACCUGGUUUUGAGAGUCUGAGUCCGCUCACCCGAGAUGCUGCACCUCCCACAUUGAAGGAGUCGAAACUAAGCAUCGGAGCAUCAUCACUCAAAGUCUCUGCAUUUGGCAGCAUCUCAGCUGCGGACCUCAUCAAAUCUCUAUCCGGAGAUGGGGUCACAGCCGCUGCAGGGACUCCUGGACAACCAGGGAGAACGCCAGGGUCAGCCGUGAAUGUACCCCGAUCUGGUGAUGCCUAUGCAAAUUCCAUGGCAAUCUAUGCAUCUUUCAUUACUGCUAUAGCAGGAGCCAUUAGCUUGCAGCUUAUAAGGCGUCACAAUGCUAUUCCUCUGGGCUCUCGGACCUUUUACACUGCAGUAGAACGCAGUUUUUACGAAAAUCCUACUAUAAGUGAUGACGAUGUGGACUGGAUACGCACUCUGACUACACUGAGAAUUGAGCUUACACAAGUCGGAAAGAUUGUUCUGGCUCUGCAUACUAUUCACCAAGAUGGCAUAUCACGACUGAGAGAGCCCAACAGGACCGAUAUCACUCCCUCCAAUAUUCAGCCUAACAUGGAUGUUUGGCUUGCACCCAACGGAACGGUAGCUCGACUGAUCAACGUGAAUACGGCACAGUCGGCAGUUUUUGCCCCCAAGCAAGCAAAGAGCGAAGGUGUGUCUAGGCAGAUAACCGAGGCCAAGCAACGAGUAUGGAAGGAGACUGUCCUGGAAUGGCUGAGUAAUCUUGGACUUCCAGUUGACCAUCCCAAAGAUGAACAUUGGGUUGAAGUGGAAGUGUCAGAGCCGUUUUAUGCGCGACUUGCAGCUGAGCACUUGCGUCAGAUGGAUGACAGUCAAUCGUCGUCUCCUCUGAAAAGGAUACUUUGGCCUUCUAGGUACUGUUUUUGGAGAACAAAGAUGGCGUCAAGUGAGAAGGUUUGCGAGCUCAAUGACGGCGAAGAACCCCUACACUUUGCGGAAACUUGGUUGGAAACAGCCACGUCACGACAUGAGAAGCCGAAUGAUAAUUCCAACGUCGUAGCAAUAAGUCAAAAUGGAGGCACCUCCACUACAAAAUUCGAAGUUCCUGAGAAGGUUGAGAGCCUAGCGAGAGUGAUCCACUAUCCAGAUCUUCAAAACGCGAGCUCUGUCUAUCCCACGCCACCAGACGGAGCUCUAGUACCGGGCAUGAAUCAAAUAAGCGCCGAUACUCUCGAACCUGACUGCCAGGAUAUAGGGUUAUCUCAGACUCCUGGAGAAACUCCGCUGAAACAGCAGGAAAAUGUGCGGAAAUCCUCAGGUGACAAUGAACACAUGCAGGUUGGAACAGGUCUCUACGACACUAAUGAUGACGAGCUCUUCAGUGGAAUGGAUGACGAGGAUUUUGGGAGUAAAGGAAUCACGGAUGCUGAUUUUAGUUUUUUUGAUGAUGACGACGAUGAAAUGAACGAUUUUAUGGCCGAUAAGCAAGAGACCGAGCAUCCCAAGCAGGGCACACUACAGCCGAGAUCAGAGGAACCGGACGAAGUCCCAGUGUCCCAAGCAGAGGUCCAGAAAGAUCAUGUCCCAACAGAAGACGAGACUUUCGAACAUAACGAAACGCAGAAGGCGAAGGAUGCUGAGCCGUCCGCCUUAUUGGAGGUUGAUAUCAAGCAGCCAGAUAUCACAUAUCAGAAUACCGCUUUGCAGGAAGCACCUUCAAUCCCUCUGGAACAUACUAUAAGCGCCCCUCUCAGUCCAAUCGACAUCAAGCAAAUGCUAUUUUCAAAUAAGGACACGAAACGCAUAGACGGUAGAAGAGACUCUGCAUCAUCAUAUCCGGUUUUGGAGCGAAAACAAAGCCGAUAUAAUGCAAUACCUUUUAAACGAGGUUUGACCUUAGACCAGAAAUAUGCUAAUGCCGGGCGCUUCUUCUUUACAGCAAACAAAGACAAAAGUGAGGAUGUCAAUACAACCCCAGGAAUUCCGACAAUUGGAUUCCCUCGUUGGCGCAGAUCAGGACCUCGAGACUCUAUUGACGAGAUCAACAUUUCUCGUCAACAAGGCUUAGAGCAACCUAUGCAACGCACUGAUUCGGCAUCUAGCGAUGAAUCAAGCCUAGAUAGUAGCGAUAACGAAUCUGAAGAUGAGGCAUCACUAUUCAGACUGACAAGUCUGAAGCGAAAACGGCCGCUUUCUGAGGCCGAAAAAUCGACGACAUCGUCUAUGGAAAAACUCUCUAUUACUUCCGAGGUGGAGGCCGUCGUCUCCAAAGAAGAUUCUUCGAUAUUCUUGGGAAAUUUCUUUUCUGUCCUUACCGACUGGUCUCUGGUCGGAUAUUUCUCUGCCAAGCAGAGCCCGAUUUCUCCCGUUACAAGUCGCAAAGAUGAUCAGAUGCAAGUCGCACAGUUGAUGGUCGAUCAAAUUACUCAGUCAUCGCUGUCUCAUAAUAUUGAUGGCUGGGAAGCGGUUCCGGAUCUCGACUGCCAGACUAUUGGCUUACAUACUUUUCUCGACGAAGCUACAAGUUUAGGCGAAAACGAAAGGUUGGGUUUGAAGUCCUACGCUACACUUCACGAUAGUCUGCAAUCUACUGCGGAAACGCCAUCGGCGCGGCCGAAUCCCCAACGUCGAGAGGUCAAAGGAUCAAUCACAAAACUAGCGCCAUCGCACCUGCGUAUCCACCGUGGACGCGAUUUCUUAGAAGUCUUAUCGACAUCAAUGCCGUUCUGGGAGACAUUUGGAUUAGAGCCCGCCAGUGGGCAGAAAGAUGUCUCUGCGUAUUGUAUAUGUCCUCAGUUUGUCAAAGAAGAGGCAGACGCGUUCAUGACUCGCUUAGGCCAGAUAUAUUCUGGUUGCAAUCUGGGCAAACAUGUCAGAGGCGAUAUGUCUCAGACGUUCGAAAAUGGUAUAGGGGUAUGGAAUAUUGCAAAGGGCGAUGGCUCUUAUGCGCGAACAAUGCAGACAUUGCGCGGUCUCUGCGAAGAGUUAGGGACUGCAUUGUCAAAAGCUCCUUCAACAGGAGAAAAUUUUGUCAUCUAUAUCAUCAACCCGUUCUCUCACGGAGCAGCAUUCGUGGAUAUCUGCUCAACUUUCCUCCGUCUCUUUCAGAGAUACAUUGGUGACGUUGACAAAGCCCAUGACAAGAGUCGGCUGAAUGAACUCGUCUUGCAAAUCGUGCCCUUGCCAUUCAUAUACUCGCCAACAUCGUUGGUUAUUCCACCCCAGUCGGAAUAUUUGAAUUUAGCGCUUGAAGUCUAUACUCGAUGCCCGCCCAAAGAUGCCAAUUCUGGCAUUAUAGGCUACGCGCCACCAGUGGUGCUGGCAGAUGCGGUUCCCAAAGCGAUCAAUUUUAGAGUCACAUCAGAACCCGUUUCACCUUUUCAAGAAGGCCGAUGUCUUCAUGUUGCUAUUUCACGCAGUGUUGACCAGCGUUGGAUCAGUGUUGCAUGGUCUGACAAUUCGGGGUCGUGCCAGAUUACUAUGUCGUAUUGCAUGCGAGCUAGAGGGUCGAAUGUCAACCGCAGUAUAUCAGAAGUGCGGCAAGAGAUCUGGGAGGCAACCAAGGAUCUAAUGGAGCGAACACAAACUAGGUGGAAGGUAUUGUUAGUGAGGACUGAGCCUGUGGACCAGGAAGAAAUCGAUGCAUGGACCGGCUUUGCGGAACGAUAUAAUCAAGCAAAAGCUCUACCAGUUGAGCUAACUCUUAUCUAUGCCAACAUCGCACCUGGUCUCCGUCUAGAACUUCCGACACAAUUUCAAUUUAACGGCAUCAAUCCCCUAACAUCGACACCGGUAGCAACACCCUACGGCGGAAUCUCAUCACCAGACCAACUUGGCGCUGCAACUCCAGCCAGCGGCGGUCAGGGACCGACCAACAUGAACUAUAACACUGCAAUGACACCAACAGACACACCACCAGUACUUACCGAAGCCGACUCUGACGCCGUCCUUAUCGAUGCAUGCGAAGAGUCAUGGGCAGUCAUUCUCUCACAUCGAUUAAGUAACUCGGCAUACUUGACAGAUUACAAACCAGCACUAGUCAGCGGUUAUCUACUUCGAAGAAAGGGAAUCAAUGACAGCCAGGGUGUUACAGCCAUGGCAUUGAAUUUGGUGCAUACAUCACGGCCCCCAGCUCUGCAUGAGGCUGUGCUCAGAGAAGUACUAGCUAGUUACCGUGACCUGGCGACGUUGGCUAGGGCCAAGGGCACGUUACAUGUACAGCAUAAUACAUUACCAUGGCAUAUUGCCACGGCUGUGAAGGGACAGGAGUUGUUGAGUUUCGUUUUAUAGAUUGCUGUAUGUAUUAUGGCUUCUCUCUGUCAUAUUUAGAUAUCUUCAUUAGCAUAAUAGCAUAGCGUCGAUUACUAC